AUGCCAAAACAGCCAGAUAUCGCCACAAGAGCAACCGUGGUUGCUUUAAAGGCUUACACUAGCAAAUCUUCGCAUGAGAUUGCUACGAUUACCAAUCUAUCUAUCUCAGCUGUCAACAAGAUCUACAUGCUUUUGUACAAGACGCCUAACGUACUGGCCGGCCAACUAAGCAAGACCAACCAACAACGACGACUAUCCUAUCUAAGCAAGGAAGGAAUCAUUAUCUCUGCUGCUACUAUUUGGCGUAUCCUCAAGAACGCCGGCCUACGCAAGACGAAGCCAACUCGGAAGCCUGGGUUGACGAAGAAGAUGAAAGCUGAUCGGCUUGCUUGGUGUCUUGAACACCAAGCUUGGACACUUGAUGAUUGGAAGAAUGUGAUUUGGUCCGAUGAAACUUCGGUUAUUCUACUACAUCGACGUGGUAGCUAUCGAGUUUGGCGUUCUAAGGAUGAAGCUUUUGUUCGAUCUUGUAUUCGUGAGCGUUGGAAAGGCGCUUGUGAAUUCAUGUUUUGGGGCUGCUUUACCUAUGAUAAAAAAGGCCCUUAUUAUUGUUGGAAACCUGAAACUGCGCAAGAGAAACGUGAAUCUGAGCAAGAGAUUGAGCAAUUAAAUUGCGAGAUUGAGCCUAUUUUAAAAGCUGAUUGGGAGCUUGAAACGCAGAUGCGUCGUGUGAAUCUUCGACGACAACCUGCUGGUAAAAGGCCUAUAUGGAAAUUUAACCAGAAAACUGGCAAGCUUGGUCGUGGUCGUAAGGGUGGAAUUGAUUGGUAUCGAUAUCAAAAACUGAUUUUGAUACCAAAGCUAUUACCUUUUGCAAAGGAAUGCGCUAUUCAACGGCCGAAUACGCUUGUUCAAGAGGAUAAAGCACCGGCACAUAGCCACUAUAUCCAACAACGUGUUUUUGAUGUAGCUAAGGUUAAUCGGCUAAUUUGGUGUGGCAAUUCGCCUGAUCUAAAUCCAAUUGAGCCUGCCUGGCCUUGGUUGAAACGUGUUACAACCAAGAAAGGCGCACCAAAGAGUAGGCAGGAGGCCUAUAUUGCUUGGCAAGCUGCAUGGCGAGAGAUGCCGCAGGAGAAGAUCCAGCGUUGGAUUGAGCGUAUCCCUACGCAUAUCAAAAAGAUCAUCGAAUUAGAUGGUGGUAACGAAUAUAAAGAGGUGUAG